AUGGCAUGCGGACACAUCGAGCAGUUUCAGAAGCUGGAGCUAAAUGGGCCCAUUGAGCAGGACCUGCAGGAGCUGGCGGUGCCAUCGGUGGGGUGGACCCCGCUUCACGCAACGGCUGGGGCGUGCCUUUCGCCACUGUGGGGAAGGCCCGUGAUCGGCUCAAGGAUCGCUCCCUCAUGGCCCAAGCGUAUGUGCACGUAUUGCCUCAAGGAGGUGACGUCUGGCUACAUGCUUUUCCGCCACGCUGGCCCUAGGGCUCCAGACUGUCCCAGCCACCUCCUGGUGAAGCCUGUUUCCGCGCUGGUGCUGUCCCUGGAGUUCCAGCCAGCAAAGCGAGGCCACUGGAAGGUGGAUGCCACAACUCUGGCCGGCCAGUCAGUGAUGCAAGGAGGCAAGAUUCUGCGUGGAGGCACCGGCACUGGUGAAGUGUGGAAACUCGUCGAGGAGGAAGUGCAGGCUGUUGGGCACGAACAAAAUUGGAGUGAGGUGGACUAUGACGGAGCCAGAACUGGCAAAAGUGAAACUCCUGCACGGGAGCAAGCCUUUUCCACGAAGGUCAACUUGUUACGAAGGCUUAUUGGCAGCAACCACGAUGGCAGCAAAACGCUGCUUGCUCAGAACAGCCCCAACGCGCUCUUCGCGGCGCAGUCUGCCAGCAAAGCAAGCCUACAAAGGGAAAUGCAAUGGCAAGAAGCCAACCACGAGGAGGGCGAAGAAAUGCCGAAGUGUCUGACAGAGAAGGAUUGCUACCGGAACCGCAUCGGCAUGCAUCAAUGCCUUGGCACCACCAGCAACGUCAAGAAAGAUUCUCCCACACUCCGUGCGGUCUGCAGGUUCUACCAGACCACGUAUUCGCUCAUGUAUUGCAUGCUCCUGGGAGCCGGUACAGGCGGUGCUUCAGGCCUGGACAUUGACCAAACUCGCAUGAAGACGCAGAUUUGGUGCCGCGCUCGGAGGGAGAUGGAGUCAACCUCUGUUGUGAAGCUUGACUUUCUUUGCGGGUCGGCAAAUCUUGGAUGGGAGAUGGGCGUCCCUGAAACCAACCUGCCCGGUGCCGGGCACCUGGCUGUACUCCGCCACACAGGCUGCAAUGCCGCAGGUGGCGGAGGAAAGGACAAGUGGGGGAGUGGCACCGUGUUGUACCCCAAAUGCAUGGCAUACCUUCCGGGUCCUGUGGCGCCUGCGGCGCGUGCACCAGUGCCAAAAGACACGCAGCGCCCCAGGCGCCAGGAGGUUGUUGUGAUCGGUGGUGGCCCUUCUCCUGAUAUGUAUGGCGUGGGCAUUUCGCUGCCAGCAGAAGGCGUUCAUGUCUACGACAAUGUCGUGUAUUUCGAAGUGGUCGUUGUUCCUAGCAGUGGUGCCCCAUGGCAAGUGCUGCGCCGCUACAAUCACUUCCGGGCAUUGGCGAAAGAUCCUGCCAUCUCCGUCACCACUAGAAGCUUCCCGCGAAAGAUUUGGCACAGUCCCAAUGCUCGAGAGAUCGAGGAGCGUCGGCAUUGCUUGGAGGAGUGGCUGAAAGCGGGCGUGAUCCAGGCAGGCGCAGGCGUCCAUGCACUGCCCCUGGCCCUGCGGAAGUUCUUGCUGCUAGGGCGGACUCCCCAGGUGCCGAAGGCAGCCAAAGCAAGGAGCAAGAUCCAGAGCUCCACUCUGUCCUUUGCCGCGGAAGCCUUUGACAAUGCCUCGGCUUCUGCUCCGCUUGCAGAAGGCGGCGAUGAUGGCCUGGAGCUGCUCCACGUUCCGAUCCCCACUUCGCUGGGACCGGACGACUUGCUUCAGGUCAAAACACCAGAUGACAAGAUCAUUGUCAUCAGCAUCCCAUGGGGCCUAGCGCCUGGUGUGCCACUGCAGCUUUGGUGGGAUCAGGAUACGAGCGGACAGACAUCUACAGUGAAGACUGGAGACCAUGUCACGGGAGCCGUGGGCAAUUCGACGCCACGCGGCCUUGCGGAGUUGGCGAUGUGGCCAUGCAGUGCUCAUGACGAUAUGCUGCCUUCGCAGCAUAGGUUGAUUGCAGCGCCCAGCGCCGAUCGCCCCGGUCUCAUGCGAGUGCACACGCUCUGCCGUCGAGGGCAAGAGAACAGUUGUAGCACCGGCGCAAGCGAGACUGAAAGAAACAUGCGCGGAGAUCUGCAUGCUUUCGGAGAGGAUGGCCCGGAGUAUGACAAGCUCCAGGAAGACAUGCGGAAUCUGCAGGACGGUAUUCGACAUCUUUUUACGAAUGACUUUAAAGGAGCCGAGAAGAUUUUUCGGCAAGGCGCCGAGUGCCCGCGGCCCAAAGGUGGUCGCGACACUCGCGGUGCCUUUGCUCUGAUCUACACGAUGGUCAGCUUUAUGUUCGGCCUACUUUCCUUUGCCAAUGACCAGCUGGAUGAAUGCUUGGCGCGCGUCUGGACAGCCGAGAGCUUGCUUUUGGAGGACUCGCCCUGGGUCGGCCAGAAGAUGCUUUUGGGUAUGGUCUACCUGAUCGCAGGAGUGGUACAAGCUGCAAAGAACGCAUGGCUCAAGUCCGGCGUGAACUUGGUGCGAUCACUGCGGUACAUCCGGGACUUCGAAGAAGGUCUGCGCUUCGAUGGUCCGGAAGCGACCUUCGUUCGAAGUUUUGCUGCUUUCGUCAUGGGCCUUUUCAACUUAGUGCUUUCCAUGCUGCCGCCCCAGAUGCUCCGAGUAGCAUCGAAGGCUGGCGGCCGCACGCUGCAGGGCAGCCGCGCUGAUGCCCUUCAGCUGCUCCACGAUUGUUACGUGCAAGAGGGCAUCAUGGCCCCCUUUGCGGUGCUGGUGCUUCUAGCCUACAACAUCUGGAUGAAAACAUACCUCGGCGAAGCCAUAACUGCAGAUGACUUCGCAGCUUCCAAUGUGUUUCUGCAGUGGGCGGCAGAGCGCUUCCCCGACAGUGCUGUCUUCGAAUUCUGGCAAAUGGAGCUCCACGUGAUUCGCACAGAGAUCCAUGAAGCAUCCAGGUGCGUCGAGAGAGUUCAUGCAGUUCUCGGCCACCUGGAGCUACCAGCAAUUGAUUCCUUUCUGGAGCAGAAGAAAGCCAUGUUCUCCUUAGCGCUGCUCGACUGGGCCUCUGCAGCUCAGGGCUUUGAGCGGAGUUUGGCUGUGAGCGAAGUCAAGCAGAGGCGAAGCUACGUGCCAACGCUGUCCUACUUGGCUGGGUUGUGCCGCGUGCUUUGUGACAGCCCUUCUGCAGCGCGCGAGAACUUCGAUCGAGUGCAGAAGUAUGCGAAGAUGAGAAAACGCAACUGGCCUCCUGAAGACGACCUUGCUUUCCUGAAGGUCAAGGACCUCUGUGGAGGGACCUCAGUGGAGGCCACGCGUGCUCUGUUGGAGCUGGUCGAGAUCUCCAUGAUGAAGAUCCACGUGCUCCACACGAUGCCCUCAGAGGAAAAGGGACAGCUGAAGCAGAAGCUGCUGCAAGACCAUCCGACUCCUGCCAGCGAGACGGCCGAGGAGGGGGCCAGAGCAUUGCUCUUCUGCGCGGAGAUCUCACGCCUGCAGGGUGACAACGAGGAGGCUUUGCGUUUUGCAGCAGAGGCUGCGGCGCUUUUGCCAUCUCUGGGCUCCAGAGGCAAUUCCAACGGCACUGCUGCAGCCCUGCAUUUGACCAUGGCGCUGCUAGGAGUGGAAGGCCAUCUCGCUUUGCUGGACAAGUGCCCGAAGUGCUGCCGGGCCUACGAUGAUUCCAUCAAGUUCAAGAGGCUUGGGCUCGAACGGAAAAUCGCGGAUGGGAGCAUCCCGAGCACUUCGAGUGGAGACCUCUCUGCUGCGUUGGAGCAAAGCACGGACGAUGCUUGCUGCGGCGAAGGUGAGGAAGAGUUCUUCUCGGCAGAAGAGGAGGAGGCAGAUGGCACAGAGGGGAUCUCGUCCUCUCCAUCAACUGCCAAGGGCGCCUUCUGGAAUCGCUGGAGAUUUCUCAAGCCGCUCACAGUUGACACGGACCUUCCUGCUGACAGUCCUGCCGUCUCCUCGCCCUCGCAGACGUCGCUCAGCUGGGCUUCGGAGGUCGCGGUAAAGGCGCUGCGGGAUCUUGCCAAAAAGUCGGCGGUGGCUGGAGGAUACAUGGGGCACCAAGCCUCAGAACAGCUUGGGCAUUUAGCGAACUCAACCGGGUUUCGCAACCUUGCGUCUGCCGGAAGACGUGCCGCUUCCACUGGGAGCAGCCGGCUGCACUUGGAAGCCCUUCUGAAACAGGCAGACCAAGGCGACUGCUCGGUGGUCUCCAUGCCAACUCCUUCUCCUGGAGUUUCAGAGGCAGAGGUUGUGGCCUACUUGAAAUGGGCUCACUGGAAUUCGCUGCGUGGAAUGACGCGACAUGAGGCAUUGCGACAGUACGGCAUCUUGACGUCCUGCCCUCCGUCGCCCGGUUCUGCCAAGCAGCUUCUGAGGCGGCAGGACUCCUAA